UGUUCUUUUUUACUACAAACGUUGAGUGUUGAGUGUUUCCUCCUUUGGUGUCUGUCUUUUAUAUCCACUUACAGAUUACCAAAUGGAGGCAUAAUCAAAGGACAAAACAUCGUCUUUAGGCAGUUCUAAAACCUAGCAGCCUUCUUCUUCUUCUUCUUCUUCUUCUUCUUCUUCUUCUUCUUCUUCUUCUUCAGGCAACUUUAAUAAGCUUUUGAUAAGAAAAAUGAGGAGAAUGAUGGUGGACAUUCCGAUUCCUCCAAAAUGGAAACACUUAUGGAAUACAUGGGAUCUCCGAGGGUUCAUCAUCUUGAGUCUCUCGUUACAGACAUUUCUAAUUCUCGUUGCUCCUUUGAGAAAACGAACAAAAAGCAACUGGAUAAUAAUGCCAUUAUGGUCGGCAUACUUGCUAGCUGAUUGGGCAGCAAACUUUGCUGUUGGGCUCAUUUCGAACAGUCAAGGGAACCCUGAUGAAAGGCAAGGCAAAAAAGGAGAAAGAAUUGCUGUGGAAAACGAAGAUCUUCUUGCAUUCUGGGCGCCGUUUCUUUUGGUGCAUCUUGGUGGCCCUGACACCAUUACAGCUUUUGCAUUAGAAGACAAUGAGUUAUGGCUCCGACAUCUUCUUGGUCUUGUUUUCCAGUGCAUAGCUGCAGUUUAUGUGUUUGUUCAGUCACUACCACAAAAUCGGCUAUGGAUUCCGACAAUGUUGAUGUUCUUGACAGGAAUCAUCAAAUAUGCGGAAAGAACGCGUUCUCUUUAUCUUGCUAGUGCCGAUAGAUUCAAAAGUUCGAUGCUCACAGAAGCAGAUCCUGGGCCAAACUAUGCUAAACUUAUGGGUGAUUACUUUUAUAAGAAGAAGGCUAACCUACCAACAAGAAUCCAAAUGGUUCCAGAGCCCGAUCGAGCAGCUAAAUCAGCAAACAAGGCUAAAAAAGGGAACUUAACAGAGCUGGAGAAGGUGCAAUAUGCUUAUCAGUUCUUUGAAACAUUCAAAGGUCUUGUUGUUGAUAUGAUUUUCAGUCGAAAGGAACGGAAUCAAAGUCGGGAUUUCUUCCUCAAUCGGACUGCUAAAGAUGCGUUCAAAGUGGUUGAGAUUGAGUUAAAUUUCAUUUAUGAGGUUCUCUUCACGAAGCUCCCAGUGGUGUUUGGUUUAACAGGAGCCAUCAGUCGGUUUUUUUCUUUGGCAACGAUUUGUUCAGCGAUUGUUUUGUUUUUAUUCAAAAACAAAGCAAAUUUUACAGACGUUGAUAUCAUGAUUACUUAUGGUUUGCUAUUUGGUGCAUUGGUUUUGGAUGUCACCGCUCUAUUCAUGCUCGUGUUUUCAGACUGGACAAUCAUUACUUUGCAAAAGUCACCAGAUGCUGAGCUUGACAAAAAGUCUCGCAAGACUCGAAUCAUCGGUAAAUUUCUCAAACUCAUGACCGAAGGCACUCUUCGGGACACAAAAGAUCAUGCCAAAUCAACAAAAAGUGAAUCACAAAUUCGCAAAUGGAAGAUUAAGUUUUUAAGAAGAAGGUGGUCAGAAUCCAUUUCAACUUACAACCUUAUCUAUUACUGCCUCCACCCACGUCCAAGCUUACAAAAUUUUGCUUACGAAAACCUGGGGCUUAGUGGGUUUAUGGAUGAGAUCAAGUAUGUCAAAUUCGAAAGCUUCACCCCAAAACUCAAAGAUUUCAUAUUCGAGGAACUAAAAGCAAAAUCAGAACUCGCAGAUGACUUGGAAUCUGCCAAGGAGAUAAGUUCAGCACGUGGCGAUUGGGUGAUCCGUGUGGAAGAAGGUUGGGGUGCCUUACUUAAAUAUGUUAUAGAUGUUGACUAUGAUCAAAGUCUCAUUCUAUGGCACAUCGCUACCGAGUUAUGCUACAACAAAGAAUUGAAAGAACCUAAAAAGGAACCCAUGGGAGCCAACAAUGAUCAUCGCAAUAUUGCAAAAGUACUAUCAGAUUACAUGUUGUAUCUUCUUAUCAUGCAACCAAGUAUGAUGUCAGCAGUAGCAGGUAUUGGACAAAUACGUUUUAGAGAUACUUGUGCCGAGGCCAGAAGGCUUUUUGAAAGUGGAAAAGGUGGUGAAGUAAAAGUUGAGCAAAACCAAACUCAAACAUCUAGGGAUACUAUAGUUGAUUGGGAUCAGAUAAACGCUUGCACGAAGAUUCUUGAGGUAACGACAGAAGUUCGUCCUGUCACGGUAAAGGGUGACCGGAGCAAAUCAUUGUUAUUUGAUGGUUGCAUUUUGGCCAAAGAAUUGAUGAAGAUAGAAGAGGACUCUGGUAAGAAUAAAUGGGUGAUUAUAAGCAAGGUAUGGGUGGAGUUGUUGUGUUAUGGUGCAAGUCAUUCACGAGCCAAUACUCAAGCAGCACAAGUCAGCAAAGGUGGUGAGCUCAUUACCAUUGUUUGGUUGUUGAUGGCUCAUUUUGGUUUGGGUGAUCAAUUCCAAAUUGAUGAAGGCCAAGCAAGAGCAAAACUUAUUGUUGGCAAGUAGUUUUGAGUCCUAUACGGACGUCUUAUUAAUGCGUGGAUGGUCUAAAAAUAACACAAGCAAAUACAUCUUGUGAUUCUCUUUCAGUUCUAACCAUCUGAGUUACGAUUUCCAAUACAUUUAGGAAGUCUUUAGAAGACAGACAAAACAUUGCAUCAAAAAAAAACUUAUAAGAGAUUGAGUGUUGUGUUAUCUUUGUUAUCAUAUGUACUUUAUCAUGGUGUUUAAUUAGUUUGUGAGGUUACACACCUAUUUAGACAUAUACACAUUUGUAACAUGUUUUUGUUUGAAGUAAUAAAGCAUAAUUCAAAAGAAUUUACUGCUUCAGUAUUUUCUUUUUUGUACCA